UCUUCCGCUCCGCUGCUUUGCCCAGGUGGAGAACGUUAGGGAGCUGUGAGGGUGUGUGGUCUUGUUCCUGCUGUCCGGACUCUUUUUCCUCUACUGAGAUUCAUCUGUGUGAAAUACCAGUUGGCGAGGAAGAUCUACCUAUCGGCAUAGACCAAGACGCUAUAUAGAGCCUCCUGAAAGGAUUGGGCCUAUGCUGCCCGAGCAGUUCAGUGAUGAAGAAGUGGAACCACCAGAACUUGAAGAAGGGGAACCAGCAGCUCAAUGUCAGGAUCCUGCACCUGCUCAGGAGGGAGAAGAUGAGGGAGCAUCUGCAGGUCAAGGGCCGGAGCCUGAAUCUGAUAGCCAGGAACAGGUUCACCCGAAGACUGGGUGUGAGCGUGGAGAUGAUCUUGAUGUCCAGGAGAUGGGCCUGCCAAAUCCAGAGGAGGUGAAAAUGACUGAAGAAGGUGAAAAGCAAUCACAGUGUUAAAAGAAGACACGCUGAAAUGAUGCAGCCUGCUCCUAUGUUGGAAAUUUGUUCGUUACAAUUCUCCCAAUAAAGCUUUACAGCCCUCUGCAAAGAA